GCCCCGCGAACGCGCAUCAAAUUAGCAUCGAUGAAGUUUGUUGGAACAUGGCGGAUUUCCUGCCGACCAGGUCCGUGUUAAAAGUUUGUCUACCCGUCUGCCUGCUCAACAGCGGCGAAGGGGAGCAGCUCCGAAAGUCCAAGGAGAUCGACCGGGGCCUGUCCCGGGAGAAAACCUACGUGAAGCGGCUGGUGAAGAUCCUGCUGCUCGGCGCCGGAGAGAGCGGCAAGUCCACUUUCCUCAAACAAAUGCGGAUCAUCCACGGCCAGGACUUCGACCAGCAAGCCCGAGAGGACUUCAGAGCCACGAUUUACAGCAACGUUAUCAAAGGUGUUCGAGUGCUGGUGGACGCCCGGGAGAAGCUGCACAUCCCAUGGGGAGACUCGGACAACCAGCAGCAUGGCGACAGCUUGAUGGCGUUUGACACCCGGUCGGCUAAGAUGGCGAGCGGGCAGCUGGAGACGUCGGUGUUCCUGCGGUACCUGCCGGCCAUUAGAGCUCUGUGGGCCGACUCGGGGAUCCAGAACGCCUUCGACCGUCGCAGGGAGUUCCAACUGGGUGAGUCAGUGAAGUAUUUCUUGGAUAAUCUGGAUAAGCUUGGCGAGCCGGAUUAUCUUCCCAGUCAGCAGGACAUCCUGCUGGCCCGUAAACCCACCAAGGGCAUCCACGAGUACGACUUCGAGAUCAAGAAUGUCCCGUUUAAGAUGGUGGACGUGGGAGGCCAGCGGUCGGAGCGGAGGCGUUGGUUCGAGUGUUUCGACUCUGUCACUUCUAUCCUCUUCCUGGUGUCUUCCUCUGAAUACGACCAGGUGCUGAUGGAGGACCGGCAGACCAACCGCCUUCGUGAAUCCCUCAACAUCUUCGAGACCAUCGUCAACAACCGCGUCUUCGUCAACGUCUCCAUCAUCCUCUUCCUCAACAAGACGGAUCUGCUGGAGGAGAAGGUGAAAAGCGUUCCCCUUAAGGACUACUUUCCUGACUACACCGGGCCGGAGCACAGCCUUCUGGACAUCCAGACGUUCCUGGUGGAGUGCUUCCGGGCGAAGAGGCGCGAAGCCACCCAGAAGCCGCUGUACCACCACUUCACCACGGCCAUCAACACGGAGAACAUCAGGUUGGUGUUUCGGGACGUCAAGGACACCAUCCUGCACGACAACCUCAAACAGCUCAUGCUUCAAUGACCCUGGAACCUGUGAAAUAGAGGACCCGAACGGGAACAGAACCACCCCAUCGCUCCCCGAGAGGAGCCUCUGAAGAGUCCGUCAGCAACCUUCUUCAGACAUUUUUAUAUUAUUUUUUACUCUCCUCUUAGCGGUUGAAAGACCAGGAGCUGCUUUGGGUCUUGGAUAACAUCAGAUCCCUGCUGCUUCUUCCUGAGCUCUGCCUUCAGUACUCGACUCGCUGGGGCUUUAAACUCACCGGGUGUCGGUGCUGGUGCCAGUGGAAACCAGCAAAACUUUUUACAAACGAGGCGUUCGGUUUAGAAUCCAGAUAUGCAACCUGCCAAGCUACACACAGGAAAUAACCACAGUGAAAUACUUUGAAUUUGCAGAGUUAGAUGGUCAAACUGUGUCCAAGCACUGAUUUAGUCCAGAGUCACUCCUUUCCUUCUGCUGCUUUGUGAAUGUUGUUUCUCAGCCUCUUCACUCAACAGGAGGUUUUGUCAGCUUGCUAAUGAUCUGCAUAGUUUCCUCCGUCUUCCUGUCCUCGUUGGAGAUCGGCAGGUUUAAGGUGUCAGUAGGAGCCAGACUUUGCCAGAACAGCUGAAGGACAGAGGAUCAUGGAAGCACUCUGAACGGUUCAACGUUUAAAACUGGCUCCAGCACCGUGGAGAUCUGCUAAAGACUGAACCUACGAUGUCUUUCCAUUUAAUUUCCUAAUCACUGUUUAAAUUUAAAAUUAAACUCAGUCUUAGCUUCUUUAAUCAGGUAAUUGAAGUCUGAGUUUCCAAACAAAUUGUACCUUUUAUUUUUGGUCCUUAGAGGGUAAAAAGACGGCACAGGUGUGCCAGCAGGUGAACAUGCAGUCCACUGUUUUCUCAGGGUUGAAUCUAAACCGGUGUUAAUGCUGAUGUUAGUUGUUCAUGAACUGACUGAAUAAUCGAACCUUUUAUCUGGGUGGGACUCAGCCAGACCUCCAUACCAUUAGCUGGUUUAGUCCUGAACCCUCCUGGCUCUGAAUCCUGACCUUACCCAGAAUCCCCUCUUCUCUCUUUUUUAGAUGCCUUGUAAAGGGACAGACUUCCCUCCUCCUGUUUUCCUGAAUCAUGAAUGUCUGUGAAUAAAUGUACAGAGAUUUGCUCUAGAUUGUUUGAAUAUACUGUAACCCAUCAUGUGAGAAUAUCUGUAUUGGCACUGACUCCAGGCGUCUCUGAAAAGAAUAAAAAUCCUUUCAUUUUUUGUGCCGUUUAGGAUUUCCCUCAAACACAUUUUGAAUUUGUCGGGGAAAAACGUG